UUGGUCAGAUAUGUGGUUGGAGGAUCAUCACAUGCAUGCAAGCAGAACAUCCAUACGUGUAAGCAUGUAACAGUCCAUAUUUGUAGGCAGCCAGAGGCACGAUGCGAAAAUAAUGGUCCCCUUUGGCUAAAGAUACACCAUAGAGACAAACCCUCCUGCCGAUCUGCUCAGCUCUUCUAACAGUCCGUCCCAGCUCUCUCUUCCGAUCGAUCGAACUGACGCGCGAGUGAGUUUCUUCUUCAGCUCCGGCGACGACGACGGCUUGGAUCCUGCACUGCAUGCCUCACGAUGAGAACCGGCAGCUGGAGAUCAGCCAUUUUUAUAAUAGGCAAGUCAAAAGUUUCCUCCAUCAGUUCGUCGAUCACAUCGUAGUACAUAUAUGAAUUGAAGUGCAUGCAUGCAUACAUGCAGUGGCGGAGAUCGGUGAGCGCUUCGCCUUCUACGCCGUUGCCGCCAAUCUGAUCACCUUUCUAACGGGACCGCUGCAAGAGGGGAUCGCCGCCGCGGCUGCGGCCACCAACGCGUGGAACGGCACGGCGCUGAUGCUGCCGCUGCUGGGCGGCGCCAUUGCCGACCUGUGGCUCGGAAGAUAUCUCACCAUUAUCUUGGCGUCGCUCCUCUACACCCUGGGUUUAGGCCUACUGGCCGUGUCAACCUUGGUUGGCCAGCACUGCAACACCGCCACCACCGCCGGCGAGAAGUGCCCGCCGCCGCCCACCGUCCAGGUGACCCUAUUCUACGCGUCGCUAUACAUGGUGGCCGUCGGCGAGGGCGGCCACAAGCCGUGCACGCACGCGUUCGGCGCCGACCAGUUCAGCCAGAGCGACCCCGGCGAGUCCGUCUCCAGGGGCUCCUUCUUCAACUGGUGGUACUUCGGCGUGUGCGCCGGCACCGCCGGCACGCUCCUGGUCGUCAGCUACGUGCAGGAGAACCUCAGCUGGGGCCUCGCCUUCGCCAUCCCGUGCGCCGUCAUGGCCUUCACCCUCGUCGUCUUCCUGCUGGGUACGAGGACGUACCGGUACGCCGACACGAGCGGGACACGGAACCUGUUCGCUCACGCCGGCGAGGCUUUCACUGGCUGGCGGCGGCGGCAGCGGCGGCGGCAGUGCAUGCCCAGGGCUUCACACCGAGGCGUCGGGGUGUCAGCCCAAGAGCUGGAGAUCAGCAGAGUCGACGAGGAGGCGCAGGUGGCGGCGGCGACAACGACGACGAACGCGGCCGGGGAAGCCAAGGACGUCCUCCGUCUGUUCCCGAUAUGGGCGAUGACGCUGGUAUACGCCGUGGUGUACUCGCAGUCCAUGACGUUCUUCACGAAGCAGGCGGCGACCCUGGACCGACGCGUCGGCGAGGUGGUCAAGGUGCCGCCGGCGGCGCUGCUAUCAUUCAUCAGCAUCAGCAUCAUGGUGCUCGUCCCAGUCUACGACCGCGUGGUCGUCCCGCUGUCGCGCCGGUACACCGGCAGGCCGUCGGGGAUCACCAUGCUGCAGCGGAUCGGCGCGGGGAUGUUCCUCUCCGUCGUGUCCACGGUGAUCGCGGCGCUCGUCGAGGAGCGCCGUCUCCGGGUCGCGCGUGACGCCGGGCUGACCGACAAGCCCAAGGCGCAGCUGCCCAUGAGCCUGUGGUGGAUGGUGCCGCAGUACGUCGUGUUCGGCGCCGCCGACGUGUUCGCCAUGGUCGGCCUGCAGGAGUUCUUCUACGACCAGGUGCCUGACAGGCUGCGCAGCAUUGGGCUGGCGCUCUACAUCAGCAUCUUUGGCAUUGGAAGCUUCGUCAGCAGCGCGCUCGUGUCAGGCAUCCACCGGGCGACGGCGGCGAGCGGCCAGAGCUGGUUCUCAGAUAAUUUGAACCACGGCCACCUCGACUACUUCUACUGGCUGCUCGCCGCGCUCAGCGCCCUCCAGUUCUUCGCCUAUGUCUUUUUUGCCUGGAGAUACAAAUAUAAGAACGUUGGAGACGAGCACAUGUGACAUAGUAUUAGGAUGUAAAUGACAUUUUUCUUCCCUAUUAAUUGCGCUACCUAUUACCGGAGGAUGUAAAUACGUAGUAUAGGUGAUAUGAUACCCAUUAGUGGAGGAUGUAAAUGACCACAAACCAUUAGAGCAAAUAACACUGGUGAGUUCACUAGCCAUUUUUUCCUAGAUCGUAUGGCAACGGGUUCGGGCCAGGGCAGGACCCGGGAGGCGAGGGCAGGUCUAAUUUCCCCCAUGUGUCUGCGGUUUUGUAGCCUUAAUCGAGACGGGUUACCUAUCUGGCUCGCUAAAUUUUGGCUAGCUGAUGUUGAUUUAUUGUAGGAGGGAAAAAAUAUUUCUUCGCUAAAAAAUUAGUGCCAAUAAAUUGAAACGAAUAGGUCAAUUUUUCUCAGCGGAUGGCUGAUAGAGCCUCAAGAACUAAUGUGUUGUAUAAAUUUGGCCCAUCAACGGUAAGGUGCUGCCUAACUAAGAUUUUAAAAACUAACAUUUUGACACCCAUGUAUAUAAAGGCAACUGGACACCUUCCAUCCCAAAUCCUAAACUCCCCGGGCGCUGCUGCUAGAAGCAAGGCUCCUCCGCUCCUUUCUAUUGAGCGACGAGCGUCGGACGGCCGGAGGCCCAACUCCGCCGGCCGGGCCACGUCACUGCCCCGUCACACCGCGUGCUUGCCCCUUCUAGACGUCGGUGGCGAGGCCCACAUGUGUCUGUUUUAAAAGUGUUUUUUUUUUAUACAUUUUUUUGGAUGGAUGGAUGAGAGACUUUUUAGUGGAGAAUGUUUUUUUUAUCUAGAAAAGAAAAAGACGAUGAAUUAGUAGGAUAGAUUAGUAGAGUAGAUAGAUAGAUGCU